GUCGAGGGGACACCCACGUGCCACCUGGCUACAGCAGACGGGUAGUUAUUUUACAUAUGUGGGGAUGGACCGUUUGCCAUCCAGGAAACAAGAGGCGGACGUCUCGUGUGACGCAGACCUGGAAGCAGAAGCGGGAGAAGGAGUGUCGCACGGAUCAGAGACAGCGGUGGAGAAGAGAGGAGACGGGACCUGUGCACAAACAGCUGAGUGAAGGGACGAUUUUCCCCUACCGUGUGUGUGUGGUGUACGGUUGGGACAUGAGUGAAGCACCGGCUCAGUGUUUGUUUACUUCUGUGUCCCACAGUUGUCGCACGCGUCUGGUCGAGUCGGCAGGAGAGGGAGGAGCAGAUCAGCAUUUAGAUACGCCUUUAAAGCCACACGUAAAGGGACGUGCACCAUUGAGCGUGUUGCGGGAAGCCUACGCCAGCGCGGUGCGGCCUGGGAAGAGGAGUGAGACGGGGAGCCGAGGAGACACGGAGUCGUUGUGCAACGCUAUUGUCACGAUAAGUAAAGGAACGUGUCCUGCUAUAUAUUUGUGUGUGUGGGUCGAGCACGGGAGUGGCACUUGUUUGAGUCCCGUUAUAUUUGUCCCCAGCUCCGCAUGGUGGCGCUGGUCUAGUGACGGAGGUGGUCGUGGAGCGGACGCGAGCAAGGACUUCCGCUAGGAGUAUAAGUUUGGUGUGGACACUUGUUCGUGUGGGGAACGCCUGGAGGCCACGAUUGAACACUGCUUCCACCUGUGGACGCCCCGGAAUCCCCCCACCAGAGAGGAACUAUCUUUUUUAGUUAUUUGACUGGCUUUUUAGUGGCUUAGUCCAGUCCAGUUCUGGGACCUGAUUUUAAUAGGUUUUAGUUUAAUAUAAAAAUUUUACAAAUUUUGAUUAGAACUGUUAUAAACCUCUCCAGCUGUCCUCAUUUUUUUCGGUGGUACAUUUUGGUGACAAAAAGGAGUCUUACGUUUUGACAUCUCUUAUUUUGUGUUGUCGGCAGGAUCACCAGUACUACCUGAAAAAUGAGUC